AUGAAGAUAGUGACAUGGAAUGUGAGGGGUUUUAAUAAGGUUCAUAAGCAAAAGGAGAUGAAAAUUUUCUUGGAAAAACAAAAAAUCAAUCUUAUAGCAAUAGUUGAGCAUAGAGUACAGAAUGCUAAAGAAAAGGAGGUCAUAAAUAAAUGUGCACCAGGCUGGAGUUGGUGCUCAAAUAGUAAGGCUACUGAAAGAGGUAGAAUUUGGAUUCUCUGGGAUGCAAAUAGUAUUCAAUUCACUAUGUUGCAAUCUCAUACUCAAUAUAUUCAUGGUAUAAUAAAAAAUAAUAGCUCCAGCAAGCAAUUUGCGUUUACAGCUAUAUAUGGACUGCAUACUGCUGCUCAUAUGUGUGAUAUGUUGGAAGAACUAAGGAAAAUUGAUUCACAGAUGGAUAGUCCUUGGCUGCUCACGGGGGACUUUAAUGCAGUAUUGGACAAAGAAGACAGGGUAAAUGGUACAGAAAUACAGGAUAAUAAAAUCAAGGACUUUAGAGCUCUAAUGGAGGAUUGCAGGUUAAAUGAACUAAGAACUGUGGGAAGAACCUACACAUGGACAAACAACUAUGUGUUUAGUAGAAUUGAUAGAGCUAUUGUAAAUGCACAUUGGAUGAUGAAUAUGCCACCAUUGCAAGUCUGUGUGAUGGAUCCUCAUUUCUCUGAUCACUCUCCUUUAUGUAUAGAGGUGGAGACUGGAAUGGAGUAUAAAGGGAGACCUUUCAAGUUUUUUAACUGUUUCACUGAGCAUCCAGAGUUUGAAGAAAUAAUAAGAAGCAGAUGGGAAAAGGAGAAUAGUACUAUGAAGGAUAUAUGGUGUAAUUUGAAGCAGAUUAAAGAAGAGAUGAAAAGGUUAAACAAGAGAGAAUUUUCCAAUACAAUAAAGAAGGUGCAGCAGUUAAGGGAAGAAUUAGCAAACAUUCAAGCACGGAUGAGAACAACUAAACACAGCAGCUGA